AUGUCCAAUAAAAAUGCUGAUGAUUACAGGCUCCUUAAACUUGGAAGAGAAAAGUACACAGCUAAAGAUUACAAAGGCACAGAUAUAAAAGAUAAAGCUAUUCAAGCUUUUCAAUACUUUAAUGAAGUUUUUAAAGCAAUUCAAAAUUCAGUGAAAAAGUCAGAGAAAUGCUAA